AUGGCCAAUACAGUAGAAGCUGAUGGUUGCCAUGAUGAAGGCUAUGAGGCUGCGGAUGAAGGCUUAGAAGAUGAAUAUGAUGAAAAGAGAAAAAUCUCAGCUAUUCGGUCAUACAGAGAUGUCAUGAAGUUGUGUGCUGCUCAUCUCCCAACUGAAUCAGAGGCACCAAAUCAUUAUCAGGCAGUAUGUCGGGCACUAUUUGCAGAAACAAUGGAGCUGCAUACCUUUUUGACUAAAAUUAAGAGUGCAAGGGAGAACCUGAAGAAAAUACAAGAAAUGGAAAAGAGUGAUGAAUCUAGCACACAUCUGGAUGAGCUGAAAAAUGCUGACUGGGCUCGAUUCUGGGUACAAGUGAUGAAAGAUUUACGGAAUGGUGUAAAACUUAAGAAGGUCCAAGAGCGGCAGUACAAUCCUUUGCCCAUUGAAUAUCAGCUCACUCCUUACGAAAUGUUAAUGGAUGACAUUCGGUCUAAAAGAUACACUUUGCGAAAGGUGAUGGUAAAUGGUGAUAUUCCACCACGGUUAAAGAAGAGUGCUCAUGAAAUCAUCCUGGACUUCAUUAGAUCAAGACCUCCUCUAAAUCCAGUCUCAGCCAGAAAACUAAAACCAACUCCACCACGCCCACGGAGCCUCCAUGAAAGAAUAUUAGAAGAAAUCAAAGCAGAAAGAAAGCUGCGACCUAUCUCACCAGAGGAGAUUAGAUGUAGCCGACUUGAUGUAACUACCCCUGAAUCUCCAAAGAAUGUGAUAGAGUCAUCUAUGGUAAAUGGUUUAACAUCAUCAACAAAAGAAUAUGAUUUAAGUACCACACAGCAGGUUCCUGUGCAGCGGAAGAAACUCCUCAAAGCCCCAACUCUGGCCGAACUGGACAGCUCUGACUCUGAGGAAGAAACUGCACACAAGUCAACCAGUAGCAGCAGUGUUUCCUCCUCCUUCCUCGAAGACCCUUUAUUAGAGACUGCGUCAACAAGGAAGAAACCUCCAAAAUUCUUGCCCAUAUCUUCAACACCACAGCCAGAGAGACGGCAGCCACCCCAGAGACGCCAUUCAAUCGAAAAGGAAACACCAACUAACGUGAGACAAUUUCUGCCGCCAUCCAAGCAGAGUUCUCGGUCCCUGGUUCCUGGGAUAACCAGUAUAUUGCCAAGGACGCCUUUCCGACCACUUUUUUCUACCAUACAAACAGCUUCUCUGCUCAGCUCUCAUCCUUUUGAAGCAGCCAUGUUUGGGGUAGCAGGGGCUAUGUAUUAUCUAUGUGAGAGAGCUUUUACCAACAGGUGGAAAUCCUCAAAGGAGGAAUUCUGCUACCCAGUGGAAUGCCUUGCUCUAACAGUGGAGGAAGUGAUGCAUAUCCGCCAGGUCCUGGUGAAGGCUGAGCUGGAGAAGUACCAGCAGUACAAGGAUGUCUACACUGCUCUGAAAAAGGGGAAGCUCUGCUUUUGUUGUCGAACCAGGAGAUUUUCCUUCUUCACCUGGUCUUAUACCUGUCAGUUCUGUAAGAGGCCGGUGUGCUCACAGUGCUGCAAAAAGAUGCGGCUGCCAUCCAAGCCAUACUCCACUCUUCCUAUCUUUUCUUUGGGACCUUCUGCCUUGCAAAGAGGAGAAAGCUUUGUGAGGUCAGACAAACCCUCCACUAGCCACCAUCGACCACUUCGGAGCUUUGCCAGGUUCUCCUCAAAGUCAAGGUCUGUGGACAAAUCAGAUGAAGAACUACAGUUUCCUAAGGAGCUGAUGGAGGACUGGAACACCACAGAGGUGUGUGUAGACUGCAAGAAGUUCAUUUCAGAAAUCAUCAGUUCAAGCCGGCGUAGCCUGGUGUUGGCCAACAAAAGAGCCCGGUUGAAAAGGAAGACACAGUCCUUCUACGUGUCCUCACCAGGCCCCAUGGAGUACUGCCCUUCAGAGAGGACUAUCAAUGAGAUCUGA